AUGGUUGGAUGUAUGGAGGUGCAGGGUGACCGUGGUCCUGCAGGUCCGUUGGGUGCUCCUGGGGAGAUGGGGUCCAGGGGGUAUCCAGGCUUACCUGGCGGUCCCGGCGAUGUAGGUCUGCAAGGCCCAUUUGGUCCUCAGGGGCAGAGGGGUACACCAGGGGUCCCGGGGCCAAAGGGCAGAAGGGGGCCGAGGGGUGCAGACGGUCCACUGGGGGAACCAGGGCCUGAGGGCACCAAGGGAGAGCAAGGGGAAGGUGGAAAGAAAGGGGAGCCUGGGUUCAUAGGUAAAGCUGGCGGUCCAGGGGAGAGAGGCCUACCAGGGAAGCCUGGGCAAGCUGGGAUCCCUGGCAGCACAGGAGAGAGGGGUGCCCAUGGUGAACCAGGGCCCAAAGGACCCGCGGGGGACGCAGGACCUGACGGAGAGCAAGGACAUGAGGGAGCUCCUGGCGGAGAGGGGGAGCCAGGUCCAGUUGGAGAACCUGGGAUAAAGGGCCACGGGGGGCCGGUUGGAGGAGAGGGGGAACAAGGACAGCAGGGAAUGAGAGGUCUUCCAGGUCCUGCUGGCGAGGACGGGCCCCAGGGAAAAGAUGGACCAAAGGGAGAGCCAGGUGACUGUGGGCCCAUGGGCGAGGCAGGGGACAGGGGGAUAGAGGGAGACCCUGGGCCUCCUGGAACCACCGGAGUGGCUGGAAAACGUGGUUUCUCUGGUCCAGAGGGGAAACAGGGUCCCCCCGGCAACCGAGGACGGCAUGGCAAGAAGGGUGAGGCUGGCAAACCAGGUCCUAUCGGUGAGACAGGGGACAUUGGGGACAUCGGCCAGGAAGGAGGGAUGGGACUGAAAGGAGCCAGAGGAACCAGAGGCCCUGUGGGUCGUCCAGGAGUCAUGGGGCCUGAGGGGAUGCCUGGAAUUGCAGGAUACACAGGCCACGCCGGCAAACCGGGACCCAUAGGACCACCUGGACCCAAAGGUGAAAAGGGUUACCCUGGAGAAGACAGUAAGACCCCAGGACCUGCCGGGCCACUAGGUGAACCAGGUCUCCCGGGUGAGCGAGGAGACCGCGGAGAGCCUGGAGAUGAGGGAUAUCAGGGCCACACUGGCAUCACUGGACUGCGCGGCUGUUGGAGCACCAGGCCUUCCUGUAAGUCCAAUAAAUACUAUGUGUAG